CGGGAACGUCGCUGUUAAUUUCCAGACACUCAGGGCGUGUGUCGUUGUGUCGUCCACGGCCAUACACAAAGCAUAAAUUUCAUUUCACGGCUGUAAACAAAAGAAACGAGAUAAUAUAAAUAGUUUUUCUUGCAACAAGUUUCUCACGUCGUUCCGUUGCUUUUGGUAUGCGAUACAACAGUGGCCAUUACUCGUCUAGUGUAAAUCGAAUAGCUGCAUUAUAAAUAUGCCCGUGGCAAUGAACCGGAGACGUGUGAACAAUUUCACAUACGUCAGCCCUUGUGUCAAGUACAUGAUAUUUUUGCUGAACUUUUUGUUUUGGUUGUUUGGCGGUUUGUUGGUGGCAGCCGGUACAUUUGCAUUUUACGAAAAAUGGAAUACUAUGGGUUCUAUCAAGUUGAACACUUUCUCAGACGUUAUACUCAAUAUAUCCCUAGUUCUGAUCAUAGCCGGACAAAUCAUAUUCAUUGUUAGCUUUGCGGGAUGUAUUGGUGCUCUACGUGAAAAUACAACCCUUCUUAAAUUUUUACCUUUCAAAAAUAUUGCUGCUCAGAUUGCAAAUGUUAGUGUCAGCAAUUUAAGUGUUUCACAAACACCGAAAUUCAGUACGAAAAAUACUGAUAAAUUAAAGAAGUCGAAACCCAGGAACAAUGAUAAAAUUAUUUUUAAGCUACUUGAUUGUUAUGACGAAUUACUUAAUAUCCAAGCCAAGUCUCCAAUAUAUACUAAUAGUUUAAAACCAAUGAAUGACAGCCAAUUUAAUUUUUAUAAAAAAUAUGUUAUUAUUGAUAGAGAUAAAAUACUUAAUCUAAUGUAUAGCACUAUAGAUCAAGCAAACAUUAGUGCUUGGCGGUUGCAUAGGCAAACAAGACUCUCAGCCAGUUCAAAAGCUCAUCAGAUAAAUACAAGACGUAAUAGAAACGAGGAAUUGGCUGAACGGUUUGUAAAAGACAAAAAAAUUGUAGGGAAAGGUUUAAAAUAUGUGGAAUAUGGAAUUGGAAUGGAAGAUUUUGCUUCUGAAAAGUAUUCACUUGUACAUAAUGUACAUGUUAUAAAGUGUGGCCUAGUAGUACAUCAAAAACAACCUUGGAUUUGUGCAAGUCCAGAUGGUUUGGUUAUUCAUAACAAUAAAGUAAAAAAAUUGUUGGAGAUAAAGUGUCCAUACACUUGUAAAGAUACCUUAUUGGUUGAUGAAGAUAAUGGAAAGCUUAGAGUUCCAUACUUAAGAUAUAAUGAAGAACAAAAUACUAUUGAUUUAAAGCAAAACCACAUCUAUUUUACUCAGUGUCAAAUUCAGAUGUAUUGUACUGGGAUGGAGGAAUGUGAUUUAUUUGUUUGCACAAAAGCUGACUGCAUAACUGUUACUGUUAAGAGAGAUGAAAUAUUUCUUGAAAAAUUAGUCAGAAAAAUGGAAUUUUUUUAUUUCAAUUACUAUCUUCCUGAAUUAACUAAAGUUAAUUCUUAAUUUUUUAACAUUACAGCAAAAUUUUUUAGAUAUAUUAUUAUAAAGUCAUGCAAAUUACUUUUAAGGAUUUUAAAUUGUAUUUUAAAAAUUAUAUUAUACGGACAUUUAUUUACAGUAUAUAUUUUUUUUGUUCAGAGUUACUACUUUAUCAUCUAUUUAACUUCCAAUUUUCUGUAAUAUUGACACUAGUCAUAAACUAGGCUUUAUGUAAUUUCUAAAGAGUGUGAGAAGAAAACUGCAUUAUCUUAUGGUUAUUUGGAAGUGGGAGAAGUUAUAAGUUAGUUAUAAUUUUCAUUUCAAAAUUAAAUGCUUCAACUGAAUUGUAGGAAAUUAAUUUGGAGCAUAAACUCUUUUUCUUAUAAAAGUAGUUAUGAUGAACAGCAUGGCAUCCUCCAAACUAACUACUGAAUAUACAGUGACUAAUUCCUUAAUAUACUAUGAUACCACUCUUACUAAUGUAGUUGCAGCUGGAAGUUAUGUUGAAUGUUGAUGUAAUAUAAAGUUAACAGCCAGUUGAUAAACUUGAGACUUCCUUAAUUGAUGAUCAUAUGAAUUGGAUAGAUAGAAAUUUAGUUUUUUUUUAGUCUGUAUCAAAUCUUUGAAAACCAAUCUGUUUGUUUAUGUAUAUUUUUUUUUUGUAAUGAACUCCAAAUAGCAUUAAACACGUAUGAAUUCUUAUUGUUGUUAAAUAUUAUUGCACAUUGAAUUAAUAAAAAUAAAACUAGUGAAACAUUAUACAUUACUUUAGUUUUAGUUAGUUUCUUGUAACUAAGAUAGCCAAAUUUCAAAUUAUACAACCAAGCAUGAGCCGAGGAAGUAUUAGGCGUUUGUUGACUCUCACUUACUUACCGAAAUAUACUUAUUUUUGAAAUUAAAUUAUAAGCAUACAACUGCUCUGAUAAAUAUAAUCUAAUAAGAUAAUAAUUUAAUAUGAAACAUU